AUGCAAUCUCGUAUUAUCAAUAAAGUACGUUCCGGUUUAGAAACUGUUGGUUUAAAGACACACCGACAUGGCAGUCAUGCAAAAGCCGAUGAAUCAAAUAAACAUCAACGUAGUAAAAUUCUUGCAUUAGUGUUAGCCGGUGGUGAAGGUGGUCGUCUAGAUGUUCUUACUGAACAACGAGCGAAACCGGCUGUUCCUUUCGGUGGAACUCUUCGUUUGAUUGAUUUUGCUAUGAGCAAUUGUCGUCAUUCCCAUUUAAGCGAUGUUUGGAUUAUUGAGCAAUAUGAACUUCAUGAACUGAAUGAACAUUUGGCCAAUGGACGUCCUUGGGAUAUGGAUCGGACUUAUGGAGGUUUACAAAUUCUACCGCCGUUUGAAAUUCAUGAUAAAGACAAGAAAAAAGAUGAAAAAGACGAUGGAAAAAGUAAAGACAAAGACAAAAAUGGCGGAAGUAAAGAUAAUGACAAAGACAAAGACAAAGACAAAAAAGAAAAUGAUUCCGAUCAUGGUGGAUUUGCUGAAGGCAAUGCUGAUGCGAUUUAUCGUCAACGCCGUUUAUUGAAAAAGUUUGAACCUGAUCUUCUUGUAGUUUUAAGUGCUGAUCAUGUUUAUAAACUCGAUUUUCGUGAUGUUAUUGACUUUCACAAAGAUCAGAAUGCUGAUGUAACGAUGGUAACAACUAAAGUUCCCGAAGGUGAUUCUGCUACACGUUUUGGUGUCGUGGAGGUUAGCGAAGAUGGUCGUGUGACGAAUUUUGAAUAUAAACCCAAACAACCGAAAUCAGAUCUUGUUCUAGCGGAAAUUUUCGUUUAUGAUUUCCGAAAAUUAAUGGAAACACUCGAUGAUUUAGCUGAAGAUGGCGAAUUGAAGGAUUAUGGUGAAGGUUUAUUACCAGAAUUAGUUAAACAAGGAAAUGCUUGGGAAUUCCGAUUGAAUAGCUAUUGGAGAGAUGUGGGUGUUCCAGAAAGUUACUGGAAAGCAAGUAUGGAUUUAAUUACGAAAAAGGAAGAAUUAAAUCUAGAUGAUCUCGAGUGGCCAAUUCUUACGCGUAGUGCGCAACGUUUACCUGCGCAUAUACAUGAAACAGCUCGUUUUGAUAACAGUCUGAUUUCACCCGGUUGUACCGUUGCUGGUACGGUUAUUCGAUCGAUUCUUGGACCUGGUUGUGUCGUUGAAUCAGGAGCGACAAUCCGAGAUUCGAUUCUUUUCGAUGGAGUUCAUGUCGAAGCCGAUGCAAUCAUCGAACGAUCAAUUAUCGAUGAAAAAGUCGUCAUCGGCAAACGAUCAAUCAUUGGUGGAAGAAGUGGAGUUGGUGAAAAGAAAGNUCUGAUUUCACCCGGUUGUACCGUUGCUGGUACGGUUAUUCGAUCGAUUCUUGGACCUGGUUGUGUCGUUGAAUCAGGAGCGACAAUCCGAGAUUCGAUUCUUUUCGAUGGAGUUCAUGUCGAAGCCGAUGCAAUCAUCGAACGAUCAAUUAUCGAUGAAAAAGUCGUCAUCGGCAAACGAUCAAUCAUUGGUGGAAGAAGUGGAGUUGGUGAAAAGAAAGAUUUAACAAUGAUUGGAAAGAAAGUGAAGAUUGCUCAAGAUACACAUGUACCUCCUGGAGAAAGAAUUAGUCCAGAAAAGCCCAAAGAUUAA